ACAAGACACACGCAAAACUCUCUACUAAAAAACCAUAGACUAAAACCCACCCACCGACCCACCGGCCGCGUUCUACCUAAACUCGGCCCCUCGCAAAAUUCAAGUUAUCAGCUACUACAAUACAAGCAGAAAGAGGAGAGCUCUACGCACGCACUGGCGUCGACGACUACUGGGUCAAUGGUCUCAAAAGUUGAUUUCAUGGAUGAAUGAACGAUUGAUACUUCAACUUGAUUGAGAUCCAUACUGCAUCACCACGGUUUUGCUUCAUCGUAUUGUACGUCCGCCGUGUAUACGCCUCCAUAUGCACUUUUAACAACAGCAGGAAAAAGAAGAAUGACUGCUGUGGAAACAUCUCAUCAUUUUUGUACUUUAUAAUAAAUCAAUAAUGACCUAGAAGAAUCAAGAUCAACAGUAACAAUGACAUCAAGACUGCUUAGCAGACAAUCAAGUCUGCGCACAAGUCUCAUUGAUUGGUCAACAAUUACCGGCAGUCGUGCGAAAUGUCACAGGCCACGAUUAUCAAGGAAGGUGUUGCCAUCGCAACAGAAACAGCAUUGCUCUUCCAGUUCAGUCAGAUUUCAGAGUGGACAGUCGAUCACACAGACAGAGACCAAGCCCAGGUACUUCAAAGAUGAAAAACUUCUACCAUUCUCAUCCUUCUUAACUGACUCCUUUGGGAGACAACACAACUACCUCAGGAUAUCGCUCACAGAAAAGUGUAGUCUGAGAUGUCAGUAUUGCAUGCCACAAGAUGGAGUGGAAUUAACUCCACAGGCCAAACUUCUAACGUCUGAAGAGAUUCUACGAAUUACGAGGCUGUUUGUCAAAGAGGGUGUAGACAAGGUCAGGCUGACUGGCGGGGAACCGCUGGUUAGAAAAGACAUCAUGGAUAUUGUGGAGCAUUUAGGUAAAUUAGACGGACUUAAGACGAUAGGGCUGACGACGAAUGGAGUAGCAUUACACAGGAAGCUUCCAAAGCUAAAGGAGAGUGGCCUGAACAUGCUCAAUAUAAGUCUGGAUACUCUGAUACCAGCUAAGUUUGAAUUCAUCACCAGGAGGAGGGGUUUCAGCCACGUUUAUAAGGGGCUAGAGAAAGCGAUUGAGCUGGGUUAUGACCCGGUCAAGUUGAACUGCGUCGUCAUGAGAGGUCUAAACGAGGAUGAGAUAUGCGACUUUGUCGAACUUACACGAGACAAGCCAAUCGAAGUGCGCUUCAUCGAGUACAUGCCUUUUGAUGGCAAUAAAUGGAAUGAUAAGAAGAUGUUCAGCUGUGAUAACAUGCUUCAAACCAUCGGCGAGAGGUGGCCAGAGUUCGGACUGCUGGAGGAUGCCGAGCCAAACGCCACCGCAACGGUCUACAAAGUACCCGGAUAUCGUGGGACAGUGGGCUUUAUUGCCUCCAUGACGAAGCCAUUCUGUGGCUCAUGUAACAGGCUGAGACUAACGGCAGAUGGUAAUCUCAAGGUGUGUUUAUUUGGCAACUCAGAGGUGUCCCUCCGUGAUCUGAUAAGAAACGGAGCCACUGACGAUGAUCUACUGGAUGUUAUCGGACUUGCUGUCGGUAGAAAGAAGAAACAACACGCUGGGAUGUUCAACAUUGCCAAGAUGAAGAAUAGACCCAUGAUUCUGAUUGGUAACUGGAGUUGGUUCGACUCUAGGGAGAAGGAUGUUGGAAAGGAACUUGAGCUUAUCUCAACUGAGAACACUAUGAUUCACACUACCUCGGGAGUAACUAGGAAAGCAUCGAGUCGAUAUGAAUUGCAAAGCAGCAAAAAGAUGUUGGACAAUCUCCACAUGUCAUUCUUAGAUGAAGCUCACAGUCAUUUCUCACUGGGUGCGAUAUCGGUGUCUCGCUACGCAUCGUCCUCCGACAGAUCUUUCUUAAACUUUCAUUCCCUACGGUCUCCAAACUGGACGCUACCUCCAUUGUUAUCAGCUCCACUAACCAAAGUUCAAUUGUCUCCUUAUCACACGUCUUCCAAUCGUUUGUCUUUACAUGAUCCAUCCUCAUCUCUCGAUGUGACAUCAUCGGACUUCAAAUCGUCCACUGGUGAUUCUCUCUGUUCCACCAAGCUGCCACCUUCCGACCUAAACACCAAGCCUCCCACCCCCUGUUCAUCCCCAGAUCUUCCGUCAUCUGACCCCUCGCUGUCCACUGCCACAAAUGAUUCAACAAACCCCUCCCGCAUGGCUCUAAGCUCUGUACCACCAGCCACUAAAUCCAAGCAGAGCCUGAGCCACAUAAAUGAAAAGGGUGUAGCUCAGAUGGUAGAUGUUGGUGGUAAACCAAGCUCUUCCCGGGUUGCCGUAGCUUCUGGCAGGGUGUGCUUGGGCGAGACCGCCUUCACCUUGGUUCAACAGAAUAAAAUAGCCAAGGGCGAUAUACUCGCUGUUUCACAACUCGCCGGCAUCAUGGCAGCGAAGAGAACCACCGAUCUGAUCCCUCUGUGCCACAACAUCCCGAUCUCGAAGGUGGACGUCAGGUUAAUGUUGGAAGAGGAGACACACAGCGUUGGCAUAACAGCAGAGGUUCGUACCGUCGGGGUGACCGGUGUCGAAAUGGAAGCCUUAACAGCGGUCUCCGUCGCAGCGUUGACUCUCUAUGACAUGUGUAAGGCUGUGAGUCAUGAUAUCAUCAUCAGUCAAAUCAGGCUGGUGAUGAAGACUGGUGGACAGGGAGGGGACUUUCAGGCCAAGGCAUCUUGAGAUGUUACCCACUGACUUCUUCCAAGGCCCAAUAGCUCAGGAUAUAUCUGAGUUUGUCAUUAAAGAAAGUAUGCCAUACUACCUUGUCCAUUGCCGUUUUAAAGUGUGUAAUCAUUAACAAUUUGUUUUAUUACACUUCUUCAAUGGCACCAACACUACAAAAAGAAAUACACAAAGUAAUAAGUAUAUAGUUAAUAGAGAGAAUACUUAAUUUAACAUGGCAUAAUGGACAGGGUGGUAUAGUACAAACCCUUUAACAAACCCACCUUUAGUUUUGUUUAUCAGUGCAGUCUAAAAAAAGAAAGAAGUCUGCAGAGAUAACAUUAUAUUUACCGCUUAAGCAUCACACAAACAUGGCGCCUUGUCCAAUAUAGAACCUGGGAUUUUCUGUGCAAAGUAUAUUUAGUGAUAGUUGAUAAAAAUAUCUUGGUGAUCGAUUUCCCUUGAGCUUGGAAAAAUGCUGCCAAAUCUGUAAAUGUUUGAAUUAACUAUUCAGUACUAGCACAAAACAUAUUCAAUCUGAACAGUACAUACUGUAGCCUGGGGCCAAUUUCAUAGAGCUGCACGAAAAUAGCUCGCUUAUUUUACACGUUACUAGCCCAAAUUUCACGCCAUAUACAUUGCUUGUGACUGGUAUUUAGCUGUUGUUUACUUAGCAUAACAAUUGAGUGGAGUCUUGGCCGGUAA